AAUGUCUUCCCUCUUUGCCGCUCUCACUCUCUCUCAAGAACCUCAAUCUCAAAUCUAUUGUCUCUCUUCCCUCUCUUCCCAAAAAUCUCUUCUCAACUCUAUUGUCUCUCCCUUUUCUCUCUCGACUUCACCUUCGAUUCUCUCCUUCUCUCAGAACACGUUUUAUUCCCCUCUCCGCCUCUCGACGACUCCGAGCUCUCAUUCAUCAGCUCUAGCUCUACUCCUUGCUAGCUGGUGGAGGCUCUUUGCUGUCCUCCUGGAAAAUGUUGCUGUGUUUGCUUUUCAUCAUACUAGAAGAAGAAUUAGAGGAUUUCAGACCUUCAAAUCGCUGAGCUUCUCCCAACAUCAAAGUUUGCUUUCUUUUGGAACAAGGAUACAAGGGAACUGAAGGUUGGUCAAGUGGUACUUGCUGUGAGUCGCACAUCAGAAUUUCCAAGUAGGGGGUCUUCACUG